CCCCGUCACGUCACUUCCGGGGCGGCCCGGCCGCUUUGGGGAAAUUGAAGCUUUUUUAAUCCUUUGGUGAAGCAAGAAAAGGAGACAUGACGAUCACAAAGCAAAAGAUGAGCAAGAGCAAGGACGACGCCCCCCAUGAGCUGGAGAGCCAAUAUAUACUGCGCCUGCCUCCGGAGUCGGCCGCCACGGUGCGCAGGGCGGUGCAGUCCGCCAGCGUCAGCCCGAAGGACCGAGUGACCAUCGAGCUGCACCCGGACGGGCGUCACGGGAUCGUCCGGGUGGACCGGGUCCCGUUAGCCGCCAAGCUGGUGGACCUGCCCUGCAGCAUCGGCAGCCUGAAAACCAUCGAUAAGAAGACCUUCUACAAGACGGCCGACAUCUGCCAGAUGCUGGUGUGCACCGUGGACGGCGAGCUUUACCCUCCUCCGGAAGAGCCCGCGGCCACCACAGACCCCAAAGCGAGCAAGAGGAAAGACAAGGACCGAGAGAAGAAGUUCACCUGGAACCAUGGCAUCACGCUGCCCUUGAAGAACGUCAGAAAGCGACGGUUCAGGAAGACAGCCAAGAAGAAGUACAUCGAGUCUCCGGACGUGGAGAAGGAAGUGAAACGACUGCUGAGCACCGAUGCCGAAGCCGUCAGCGUCCGCUGGGAGGUCAUUGCCGAAGACGAAAUGAAGGAAGCGGAGAACCACGGCUCGCUCACAGACAUCUCCUCUCCGGGGCUGUCUGGCCACAAGCAAGGCCACGGCUCUUCGGAGCACGACGAGCUGCGGGAGAUAUUUAACGACAUCAGCAGCAGCAGCGACGAUGAAGACGAGAGGGAUCACCACGACGACGAAGACAUCAACAUCAUCGACACGGAGGAAGACCUGGAGAGGCAGCUCCAGGACAAGCUGAGCCAGCCGGACGGUCAGCAGCACCCAGAAAACGAGGGAGCCAAUCAGAUAGUCAUAGGGAUUCAGAAGCAGAUCGAGAGCCUGAAGGGUAAGCUGCAGGAGACGCAGGAGAGGGCGAAACGCCAGGAGGACCUCAUCAUGAAGGUGGAAAACCUGGCCCUUAAGACUCGACUUCAGGCUGUGCUGGACGAGCAUAAGCAACAGGAAGAGCGAGAGAAGCAGCAGCUCAGCUCCCUGCAGGAACAGAUGGACUCCCUCCUGGAGAAGUGAGACCUGGCUCCUGGGGGUCAGCUACCCCUGCCCCCCAGCUGCCAGCCAGCUAUGCCAACACAGAACGCAAACGGGCAGGGGAAGCCCAGGCGAAGCCUCCUUCUGGUACUCUUGCAUGCCCCCGCCUCACGGUCGAGAGCGGGAAUGGAGUUUGGUGUCCGGGUCGGGGGGGGGGGGGGGCGACAGCUGGCUGAAGAUCGGUGGCGGUCAGGAAGAUGGCUGUCCCCUGCCCCGGCGUGAAAGUCGUUUUCUUCCAAACUGCUCCGAGGAUCCCCCACCCUGGGGACCCCCUGCUCUGGGCCCCUCAACUCUGCUGCAUGUGAGCUCGUUGUGGGCAGGGAAUGCGUCUGUUCUAUCGUACUCUCCUAAGUCCUUAGUACAGUGCUUUGCACAUAGUAAGCGCUUAAUAAAUACAAUUGAAU